AUGAAUCCAACGAGUUCAUUUCCGAUGUUAUCAGUCGAAGAACUAGGAUUAAACAAGAAGUGCAAAGAAGGAAGAGCUGACAGUGAUUGUUAUCAGCAGAAUGAUCAAUAUUUCACGCGAUUUAUUCUAUCAUAUGGUGAACUUCACGAGAAACAGCUUCACUUACUUCGACAUCCAAAGACGGGCAGUGCAACACUGUAUGCAAUUGGAAAUGAAAGAGUAGAAGAAUUGUUGAAGUUUGAUGACGGUUUCAGGUCAGUUCUGCUUGGUAAUAAUGUGGUUAGUAAUGGCUCAUUAAUUUUAUUGGUACCAGUGAGUCCCGUACUGCUAUUGCUACCUUAUUUGCGAAAAUUUGCGAAGGAUAAUUAUGUUUCACUAAAGGAAAUUUUAGUGGAUGAUUAUUUUCCAUCAAUAAAAUUGCUUGAGAAUGUUAAAGCUGUAAAGUCAUCGUUGAAGCAUGCUUGUCAUUGUAAAGAACCAGAUUCCGACUGUGCUGUUCGAGGUAUUUUGGAGAACCUCCCGGCUGAUAUACUGAGGUUGGUAGAAAUCGAUUUUGUUCACGGAGGAAAUGAAGAUGCGCCAUCGAAUAAACGCCGAAAAAAACAGCAUUGGAGGGAAGGGGGAGAAAAUAACUGGAAAUGA